GCAUGCGGCGCGCAGCCCUAGCAAGCCUCGCCCUUUGCACGCACCUGCGCCUUCCUGCGACGCUAGGCAAGGCCGACCUGGUCACACAGCUCCCAAGACUCCGCGGGAUGACCGACCUCGACCUGAGCAGCUUCUUCCGUGUUGUGAACAAUGAGGUGCUUGCAGCGAUAGCCGAGGCGAGCGCCCUAACGCGCCUGUCCUUGCAGUGGUGCGACAAGAUCACGACGGCCGGCUUAGCAGAUCUGGGCCGCCUGCGCAAUCUGAGGGUGCUGUCGCUACACAGCGUACAUGGCAUUGACGACCUGUCGGCCCUGGCCGCACUGCCCGCGCUCCAAGACCUUGACCUGUCCUGGUGCCAUCGUGUGCGCUCCCAGUCGCUGCCCAACAUGCAUCGACUGCGCCGUCUGAUGCUGCACGGCUGCGAGCUUGUGGACGACAGCUUAUGUACUGCCUUGUGCACCGGCCCAGGUGUGGCCGAGCUGGAAGAGCUGGACAUGGCCUUCACACAGCUCGGCGACCAUGGUCUGUUGCUACUGGCGACCCACUGCCCCGAAUUGCGGCGCCUAGUGGUGGCGGAGCAAGGGGCCAAUAUCUGGCGAACGGGCAUGUGGACGGAAGAGGGAAUGCAGGCGUUUGAGCGGCAGCGCCCCGAUGUGCGAGUGCAACGGGUCUGUUGA